UGCUUUUUCAACCGCGAUUCGUGCUGCAUGUGUUUUCGCGUGGUCCGUUGAAAGAGGUUUGAAACACAUCGGUAACCGUCAAGUCGCCGGGAAAAACCAAUUUAGGUAAAAUCGAAAUCGAAUUUUGAAACAAGUACGAACAAACCGUUAAGUGCGGGUUUUCUGCGGCUCAAGGAGUGCGAGCGAGAGGGGCGAGACAGCCGUUUGUGUGUGCGUGCGAAAUAACGAAAUAACGGUGCAUUGAAUUCGCCCAGAUGAAUUUGAAAUAACAGCCGUGAUUCCUAGAAUUAAAAAAACUGCCAACUGCAGCUAACGAAAAGAGGAACGGAAAAAAUAAAACCGAUCGAAGUGAAGUGCAAAAACCAGGGGAAAAAUAACAAAUAAAAACAGAAACCGGUUCGCCUCUGCAGCAGCAGCAGCACAAAUCAAAGCCAAAAAGGAAAGAAACAAAAAUCAAAGACAGCGCAAGAAUUUUUGUUGUUUGGCCGGUGCGUGCGUGUGUGUGUGUGUGCGUGCGUCUGUGUGUGGGAGUUCGCCGCUGUGUGUGUGUGUGCGGGCAUCUCGGCGAAGGAGAAAAACGCAAAAGUCGGCAGGAAAAAGGCGUACGCAAGGAAAAAGAGAGGAAUUUCUUGUUUCCCCCAAAACCCAGCGAAAACCCACUACGUAAACCCGUUUCCCUGCAAAAACAAAACCCAGGAAAAAGAAGGUGAAACAAGGAACGGACGCCGCAAAAAGUGGCACAAGUGAAAAUUCCGUUUUAUUAUUAUUUGCAAGCUGCCGUCUUUUUGACAAUCGCCAAAAGUGAAAAUCAAUUUGCGAGAGCGCGCGCGCAAGGAGCAAAAGGGCAGUGAGAGGAUUUUCCUUCCCGCACGGAAGGAGAGCGCGAGAGUGGGCGAGGGAAAUUGUCCUUUUUCGGGUCCCCAAAAAUACCCAACCCAAAAAAAGAGCACGAAAACUGGACGAAAAACUCCCGGAAAAACAAACACAGCAACAACAACAGCGCGCGCUGAUAAACUGCAAAAGUAAACAAAUUGCGCCGAAACUCAACGAAUUUGGGGAAAAUUGCAGCCAGACUACAGGAAAAAAGCCACCACAUGUCUGGCCCUACAGUUUGAGCUGCACUGGGUUCUAAGCCAGAAAGAGGGAAAAUCGAGCGGGAACCACCAUGCGACAGUCCCAACGAAAGUCACUCAGCGAAAUGCCCAAGCGAAGCGGAUUCCAGCAGCAGAAGGCCAUCAAAUAGAUUGGCAAUAUACAAAUUAAGAAAAUCUACCAACAUUUACGAAACCCAGAAUAAAACACUUUGAAGUGCCAAAAAGAAGAGGGAAGGAAAAUCAGAGCGGCUACGAGAACUCCCCGCGGAGAGGGAGCAGGUUCGUUUUUUCGUGGACCGUUUGAUAGAAAGCCGUCAAAAUUACGACGUACCACCCACCCACGCCCAAAGUCAAACAGAACCCGGCCAACACGGACACCAUGUCCGGGCCGGGGGCUUUUGACGAUGAGCCGCCGCCGGAGCCGCGGGACGGAUGGCUACUGGUGCGCAUCCACGUGCCGGAGCUGAAUGUCUACAAGUGUCUGCAGUUCCCAUCGGAGCGGCUCGUCUGGGAUGUCAAGCAGCAGGUGCUCGCCUCGCUGCCGAAGGAACUGAAGGAGAGCUUCAACUAUGGCCUGUUCGCCCCACCUGCUAAUGGCAAGGCGGGGAAAUUCCUGGAUGAAGAGCGCCGCCUGGGCGAUUAUCCCUUCAACGGACCCGUGGGAUACUUGGAGCUCAAGUACAAGAGGCGGGUAUACAAAAUGCUGACCCUGGAUGAGCGCCAGCUGAAGGCCCUACACACGCGGGCCAAUCUGCGGCGUUUUCUGGAAUGCAUCAAUGGCGGGCAUGUGGAGAAGAUAGCCAAGAUGUGUGCCAAGGGCCUGGAUCCCAACUUCCACUGCUCGGAGAGCGGCGACACUCCGCUGACAGUGGCCACCGGGGCCAAGAAGCCGAACAAGCUGCUCAUCGCCCUGGUCAACGGUGGAGCCCUGUUGGAUUACAGGACCAAGGAUGGAACCACGGCUCUGCAUAGGGCUGUGGAGCACGAUUCCCUGGAGGCGGUCAGCACUCUCCUCGAACUGGGCGCUUCGCCAAACUACCGGGAUGGACGUGGCAUCACCCCGCUGUACAUCUCCAUCACCAGGAAGUGCGAGGCCAAGAUCACAGAGAGCCUGCUGCACGACCAUGCCACGCUGGGCAUCCAGGACAGCCAGGGCUGGAACGAGGUUCACCAGGCCUGUCGGCACGGCCUGGUCCAGCACCUGGAACACCUGCUGUUCUACGGUGCUGACAUGGACGGCCGCAAUGCGUCCGGCAAUAGUCCGCUGCAUGUGUGCGCUGUUAACAACCAAGAGGCUUGUGCUAGAAUGCUUCUCUUUCGCGGCGCCCAGCGCGGCGCCCAGAACUUUGCCAACCAAACUCCCUACCAGGUGGCUGUCAUUGCCGGCAACCUGGAGCUGGCCGAAAUCAUUGAGAACUACAAAUCGGAGGAUAUUGUUCCCUUCCGCGGACCGCCGCGCUACAAUCCGAAGCGCCGCUCGGGCAUCGGGUGGUUGAGCGCCAACGGAGCCGCCGGCGCAGCUCUGCUGGCAGCGGCUGGCGGUGGUUUCGGUGGUGCACUGGUGGGAUCGAAUGGCGCCGCCAACGGAAGCAACGGGAACGGGGCUGGCGGCGUUGGCCUGAUGCUCAGCCACCAGAACCACCAGCAGUUCCUCGCCGGCGGACACCAUCAGCAGCAGCAUUUGCACCACCAUCAGAACCACCACCAGAAUCACCACCAGCAGCUGCCCCACCUGCACACACUGCAGCUCCACGGCCCGCCAUCGCCCUGCCCCUCGGAGCACAUGCUGGGAGCCUACAGCUCCGCCAGUUCCAGCCUCUCCGAGGGCUCCUCCGGCCACCGCUCCCACGAGGACGACAUCAGCAUUGUGACAGACAAAUCCCUGGGCGACACCAGCGACAUUAUCAGCGAUUCGUCGGGCGUGGGAACCAACUCAGACUCCGCGGCCUGCUCCAUCGGGCACCCCAGCACCACGGUGGUGUGCAUGGAGCCAUAUGUGGGCAACACCGUGGGCCACAUCCGCCUCCAGCCAGGCGAUGUGAUCGAAGUGGUGGGCAGCACGGACUGCGGCCUGCUCGAGGGCUAUGUGCGCGGCACCAAUCAGUCCGGCUUCUUUCCGGCCGACUGCGUCCAGGAGGUGAGUCUGCGCCAGAAGCACAUCACCAAUGUGAUGACAGCCAGCACGGGCAUGGCGCCCCAACAGCAGCAGCACGCCCAGCAGCAGCAGCAACAUCUGCAGCAGGUCCCAGCCUCCUCCGCCGCCUCCUACCAGGGAUCGCCACAGCUUAGCCUGGGCGGACAUUCCGGCAGUUCCAGCACUUUGCUCCAGCAACCCCACCAGUCUCCUUCUCUAUCAGUGGCCAGCAAUGGAUCCUGCCAGCAGCCGGGAGAGAGCAAUAAUGGAGGAGGAGGAGCACCUGGUAAUGGCAUGAGCAACCGUAACAACAACCACUCGGUGGGCCAGUACAGCAGUGCCACCGCACCGCGUAUUAAAAAGAGCGCCUAUAACGCCCCGCGUUCGGUGGUUCUCCAUCGGGCCAAGCGCGGAUUCGGCUUCAUCUUGCGCGGCGCCAAGGCCAGUUCCCAGCUGAUGCAACUACGUCCCUCGGAACGCUUUCCAGCGCUGCAAUAUCUAGACGAUGUGGAUCCGGGUGGAGUUGCCGACAUGGCAGGUCUCCGUCCGGGAGACUUUCUGCUGACGAUCAACGGGGAGGAUGUAAGCUCCGCAUCGCACGAGCAGGUGGUCGAGAUGAUCCGCUCGGCGGGAGCUCUGGUCAACUUGACGGUGGUCUCGCCACAGUUUCCCCACCAGAUGCAGGCCAGUGUCCAGUAUCUGCCCAGUGGAGCGAGAGCUGGGAGCCAGCAUCUGAACAGUGGUCCAAGUACUCCUCAGUCCUCGCAUCGCCAGUGUGCCACGUUGCCCAGGAAGAUGACGGGUCCGGGUGGAGGAGUUGGAGGCGGUUCCUCGUCGGGGGGCAGUGUACGCAUGGCACCGAUGCCACCACGCAGGGAUCCCAAAACCACAUUGAGUGUGGGCAGAGCCAGGGCCAAGUCCAUGGUGGCCGGAUUGGAGAACGGAGGCGAGAAGGAGGACGAAUUGCCACACACCAAAUCCAAUUCGGUGGAGUCGAUUGCCACACCGACCCCUGUUGGCAACCAAACGGGUCCGGGAACACCCGUUCAGCUGCGCACGGCCAGCAUCAAGGCGCGCCCCACUUCCAGCAGGAUCACGGCUGCCGAGCUGGAGGAGCUCUUCCAGCGCCAGCAGGGCGAGGGCAGUGCAGCGAACGCCAGCCGAUAUGCCACCAUGAUGACCAGCUCCCGUUUCCAGUCGGGCACGGACAGUGGUGCAGCCACUCCGCCCGCCUCCAAUGGCUCGCCCAUGCGCAGUGGUCCCCUGGUCUACGGCAGUGUGGCGGAGAUGAAGCGCAAAACGGCGAGGAGCAAGCAUGGCAGUGGCACCCUGCGCGGCAAACCCGUGGCCACGCCCACAGUGGGAGCAGGUGGCGCAGGAGGCGGUCGUGACCUCAAGCGGUUCCAUUCCACACCAGAUUUGCAUGGUCCCCAGCUGCAUGGCUCUGCCUCAUCCAUUUGGCAGGCGGCUGGAAAGGGUCACCACUCGCAGGACGAUGUGGCCACGCUACAUGCCUCGCUCCAGCGCUUGAACUCCAACCAGGCAGAGCUAAAACUAGGAGGAGGAGCAGGUGGAGCAGGAGGAGCGGUGCUUCCACCGCCCAAUCACCCACCACCACCUCCUCCAGUCGGCCAGGUGGUCAAGGUGGAGACACGCAGCAGUGUCUCGGAGUACGAGAGCACCAUCUCUUUGCAGCAAAAGCUGAAGAAGCGAACGGAGAACGAUGCUGUGACCAGUGCCGCCAUCGAUGGCGUCCAGAGCAGCUUCAAUCCGUCGGCAAAUGCCAAGAUCUAUGCCUCGCCGCAGGAGCUGCGCAACGUGAUGGCCUGGAAGUUGCGCCAGGCGCAGGAGAAGCCAUCGCAGGAGACUUCCGCUGGCUCCCAGCAACCAGUCAGUCAGUAUGCUGCUCCGACGCAGAUGCGUCCACCCCAACAACAACAGCAGCAGCAGCCACAGCAGCAGCAACAGCAACCGCAACAGCCAUCCGCAGUGCUGGCCUCCCACUAUGCCGCCCCUCAAGUCCAGGUGCAACAGGUGCAGCAGCAGCAUCCGCAGCAGCCAGCACCACAAUCCCCGCCUGCACCACCGCCGCCACAGGCAGCACCAGUGCCGGCUCAAAAUGGCAAUGGGAGUGCAAAUGUAGCUGGAGGCGGAACGGCUCCUCCGAUUCCCGAACCUGAUUACAGCUGCAGCGAGUCGGAUGGCGAGGAUGAGAACUCUAUUCUGGUGGCUCGCAACACGAAGCUCAACGAGAAGAUUGCUCUGUUUGAUGUCCCAGAGACAAGUGGAAAUAGUCAGGCUAGUGGAAGCAGUUCCAACUCGGGCAGUGCCUCCAUUUCCCAUUCGCUGUCCGUGGAGGAGAUCCAGCGCAUUCGGAGCAAUCUCAAGACAUCAAAGUCAUCGCCAAACGGCUUUGCCAAGAAGCCAGAGGAGGAAAAAGCACAGGAGCAACAGCAACAGCCACAGCAACCCCACCAGCAGCCGCAGCAACAUCUGCAGCCAGGCGAAGAUGAGUGCGACAACAGCAGCUCUGGCGUGAGCAGCGAACAGGAGCAGAUGGCAAAGGCCGCGGCAGUGACACUGCCAGUAGGUGGUAAGCCCACCGAUACCAUCAAGAAGAAGCCUUCGGUAACCAUUGUGGAAGAGCCGAAGACCAUUCCCGAUCAACCCAGCACCAACAGCGGCCACACCACCAAGCCCAUGGCCAAGACCACCAUCAGCAUAGGCGGCGGGGCAAGUGCAGUACCCACAGCCACCCUGACGGUGAAGCAACUUGUGCAGCAACAGCAUGCACCCGCUAUCCAACAGCAGCAGCAGCAGCUGGGCGGCAAGCAACCAGUGACUGUGGCCAAGAGCAAUCAGUUCACACAGCAGAGCAACAUCAACAGCAAUGUGAUGAGUCCCCAGGUCUUGGGACGCAUUCCCAACGUGCAUCAUCAUCAGCAGCAGCAACAACAGUCGUCGAAUCCCAACCAGAAGCUGAUCGCCACCCAGCAGCAGAUACUGCAGCAGCAGCAACAGCAACUGGCCCACCAACAGCAUCUGCAACAGAUCCUCAAGGCCAAGGCUGCUGCGGCCGGAGGAGCUAGCAACACAGCCGCCUUGGUAGCCAAGCAUCAGCAGAAACUGCACAAGGGAACCAGCAGUGGCCACGAUUCCGAGAUGGAGGCGCGUUCCGAUCUGGAGGACGAUGACGGCGAUCUGAGUCCCUCGCCGCCGGCCAAGGCUUUCCAGCGUCACAAUUCGCUGACGCGCAAGCAGGCAGCAGCAAUUGCCAUGCAAAGGGGUGCCACUAGGACUACGGCGGUAUCCCUGAUGCAAUUACCGCCCCCACUGGAGGCGGACAGCGAUGGCGAACCGUCGCAGCUCACGCUCCAGCGCCAGCAGCCCCAUCAUCCUUCGCAGACCCACCCACAUCCCCACCAGCUGCAGCAGCUUCAGCAGCAACAACUGCAACAGCAGCAGCAGCAACAGCCGAUGGCCGCCCACAUUGUGGGCAUGCUGCCCAGCGGACAGCUGGUGGCUGUUGCCUCUGGCGCUGUUGCUGGCGUUCCGGGCGUUGGGGCGGCUGCGGUGCAGCCGGGCAACAACAAUUUGCAGCAGCUGUGCACCGACAAUCUGGUGCUGGCGCCACCGCCGCAGUUCUGCGAUUGCAACGAUGCCAAGCACGCGCCGCAGCCGCAUCUGCCAACGAGCCAAUACCAUCCACAGCAGCAACAGCAGCAGCAGCAUCAGCAACAACUGCAACAGCAGCAGCAGCUGCAACAGCAACUGCAGCAGCAACAGAUGCUGCAGAUGCACCAGCGUCUGUCCGGCGGCGCUGGGGCUGGAGCUGUGGGCACCUUGGGAAGGGUCCGCAUCGUGGGGGCCAUGCCCAAGGCCAACCACCAUAGGUUGCACUAAACUAAGCCCGCGGAAUCAAAUCAACUGUUUGCCAAAUCGUUACAUCGUUAGCUAGUGUAAGUCAACAGUCAUUGCCACUCACAACGAAUAACUGCAACUGCCUGCACCAACCGAAGAAGUGAAGAGCGAAGACCAUUUCAGACACAAAUCAAUCAGUUCAAUGGCAAGGGGAUGUUCGAACUCAGAUUUGUUUGAUUUCGAAAUCUUUAAUUACUUUUAUUAUAUUUAUUGCGUGUGAUAUAAAUUUAUGUAGGCUGCCCGCGAGCAGCAACUAAUCGCUGUUUGUAAUCGAACAGCAAGUAUGUAUGCAAUAUUUUAUGAUUAGUUAACCGAUCCCAACAUCCUACAAUUGAAAACAAACUGAGAGGCGGUAGCCAGAAUUUUAUUCUAGAGUGCGUUCUUUCAGUUUGCUUUCGAGCCGCACAAUACAAUGUGUCCAAUGCUAAUGUGGAACGAGUAUAACCAUCCGCAUUUGAUCUUAGUUCGUAAUGUUGAAAGGGCGCCAGCGCCAGGCAAGUUCAUUUAUUCAGUAUCCAUCCAUUGAUCAUUCGUGUUCGUGUUCGACUAGUGCACAAAACAUUAAAACGACAUUAACAUACUCUAAUACACAACUAGCGUAGGUUUUAUAUGCCUAAAGAAAGCAGGGAGGCGGAGUUGCACCGAGUAACAAUAAUAUUUGAAUUUGAGCAUUUAGCCGAAUUUCCAGUCAAGUCAAGUCAACUAAACUAAACUAACAAAUACUAAAUGAGUAAAACGUAUAAUGUUUUUAAAUAAAAUAUUUAUAAUACAAAUAUUUCAAUAGGCGGCAAUUUUAUAAUCGAAAAAGUGAAGAAAAAUCGAAAUUAAAACAAAACGUAAAUUUUUGCUAGUAAAAUUUACAGAUUUUUACUUUUAACAGAUUUUUUGUAUAAUUGUUUUUUUUAGAGAAAAACUUUAACUUGCCAGAGUAUUACAGGAGGUUUGAGAUGCAGAAGUAACGUAUUGUAUUGAAAGAGGUUCUCAAAUAUUUGCCAGCGCUUAAUGCAAAUAUCGUCAUAGGCAACCCAAACUUAUAAAUGCGUUUUCACGAGUAACAAUUAUUAUAACUAAGGCUGAUUUUAUUGCAUAAUACAUACAGAACACAAAAUCGGAAUACCAUUCGCCUACACACUGAAUGAAUUAUAAUGAAGAACUCAACUAAGCAAGCGAUGCAUUUAGAUUGUUUAAACGAAAACUCUUUGAGGUAUUGCGCGAAUUGGAUGGAAAUAUAAUGGAAUCGUUCGAAUUGGCAGGCCGCACCCAUAGCACUAGCAUCUAAGUGUUGAAAAGUUAGAAAACCUAAAACUAAACCAUAAACAUAAACAUACGAGUUAAUAUUGGAAGUUCUAGCAUAUAACUAGGUUUUAGCACACUUUUUAGUUCUCGCAAUAGUUGCUAAUUAUUUGUAAAUUGUUUUAGUUCCCCCACCCGCACCCGCGCGUACAUGUACACAAAUAUAAUUAGCCAUCAAGCUUGUUAAUUUUUAA